AUGGCCCGCAAGAAGCUGCACCGGCCCAUCGCCGCCAUGGCGAAGAAGAUCCGUGAGUACCGGGCGCUGAAGAACCGACCGCGGGACUCGCAGCGCUUCGCCCUGGACUAUGAGACCAUGCGGCGGCCCCUGACGCAGAAGCGGCUGGCGGGGGGGGGGUCGGGGGGGGUGCGGGGGCAGGACGCCCGCCCGCUGCGGGGGCGCUGGGCCCAGGCCCGCUGCCCGCCACCUCCCUGCCUCCCCCUCAACAGGUUGUUUUCUUUGCAGAACAUGGAUCACGGAAGGGCUUGGGGCUACCUGACCUUCAGAGGCAAAGCUGAAGAAGAAGAGAGAGAGAUCGACAAAGUCAUGUACCAUGACUGGCGUAUGGUUCCCAAGCAUGAGGAGGAGGCCUUCAAGGAAUUCACUCCAGUGCCAGAGGAGACCAUUCGGUUCCUUCCAUACCCACCUCUGCUUCGUGCCAUGAUCCUUGCACAGUGGCAGAAAGAGGGAAAACCAAUCAAAGAGGAGCCAAUGAUUGAUCUGGAGAAGGUCAUGUCCUCUCUGUGUCCCAGUGCAAAGAAAAAAGCUACAGGGACACCAGUAUAA